AUGCCCUCUUGGCCCAAUCUCUCGGAGUGCCUCUCCCAUAACUGCAGCUGGGAGGAGGAGACCCACAACGCCACUGGGGACACUGGCUUCGGCGUGCCUCCUCCUCUCAACUACUACUCCAUCCCUCUCCUCACGGUCAUCACCGUCGCCUGCACGUUGCUGUUUCCGAUCGGGGUGACCGGGAAUGUCAUGACCAUCCUGGUGGUCAGUAAGUACCGGGACAUGCGCACUACAACCAACCUGUACCUGUGUAGCAUGGCUGUGUCAGACCUGCUCAUCUUCAUCUGCAUGCCUCUGGACCUGUACCGCAUGUGGAGGUACCGGCCCUGGCGGUUCGGGGCCGUGCUCUGUAAGCUCUUUCAGUUCGUGUCAGAGUCGUGCACCUACUCCACCAUCCUCAGCAUCACGGCGCUGUCAGUGGAGCGCUACCUGGCCAUCUGCUUCCCGCUGCGCGCAAAGGCCCUGGUCACCAAGAGGCGUGUGCGCGCUCUCAUCCUAAUCCUGUGGACAGUGUCGCUGUUCAGCGCCGGACCCGUGUUCGUCAUGGUGGGAGUGGAGCGUGACAGCAUAUGGCCAAAUGUCAGCUCAGGGAUGAUGAAUGAGACUGACUUCUUCUCCCUGGAGGCCGGAGACACCCGGGAGUGCAAGAUGACGCACUACGCGGUGGAGUCGGGCCUGAUGGGAGCCAUGGUGUGGCUGAACUCGGUCUUCUUCUUCAUGCCGGUGUUCUGCCUCACGGUGCUCUACAGCCUCAUAGGCCGCCGGCUGUGGCAGAGAGACAGGGAGACGAGCAUCAGCUCCCGGGUGGCUCACCGGGACAAGAGCAACAGGCAGACCAUCAAGAUGCUCGUGGUGGUGGUGCUGGCCUUUGUCCUGUGCUGGUUGCCGUUCCAUGUGGGUCGCUACGUGCACUUUCGCUCUCUGGACGCCCCGUCCCCGCUGCUGUCUGUGUUGUCCGAAUACUGCAACUUGGUGUCCGUGGUCCUCUUCUACCUGAGCGCCGCCAUCAACCCCAUCCUCUAUAACACCAUGUCCUGGAAGUACCGGGGCGCAGCGGCGCGCCUCUUCGGCCUGGCCGACAGUCAGCCGCCGCGCAGCCGCACAGCCAGCAGCAUGAAGGGAGACGGCUCGAACGGCUGGACGGAAUCCACAGUCAGCUUCUGA